UAAAGUGGCAUAAAGUACUCGAUCUUCACCCAUGCAGGAUAAUUUUGGACAGCAGGGGAACUGUAGAAGUGGACCUGACCUAUAAUCCAGCUAAUUCCUGAUUUUCUCUCAGAGAGCAAAAGCAGCUACAAUGAUCGGACCCGCAGCAAUGACCAACACUUUCCCUCAACUUUACCACUGAUGUGCGUAAACUAAAAUGACAAAUGGAAGUCUUCAUGUGUUUAAACUGAAGGUGUUCCAUGUUUAGUCCCGGUUACAUUUAUCUCACGAUUAGAUUAAAUAUCGUUUCUCUGCGGCGCGACUCUGAAGGUGCUCAACCCUGCAGACAUCACACACACGUCAGACAGACACAGAUGUAAACAACUCAGUGACAGGGUUGACUGAAGGGUUGAGCGACAGCUGGAGGGGUACUGAAGAUGGAUCGGAAGCUGGACCUUACAGGACUGUCGGACAACGAGGCGGCACAUGUGCUGCAGGUGGUGCAGAGAGACAUGAGGCUGCGCAAGAAGGAGGAGGAGCGACUCAGUGAACUGAAGCAGGAGCUGGACGAGGAGGGCAGUCGCUGCCUCCUGCUGUCACGGCAGACUUGCUUCAACCAGCGCUGCUGCAUCCGCUGCUGCUCGCCCUUCACCUUCCUGCUCAACCCCAAGCGUCGGUGCCGGGACUGCAGCUACAACGUCUGCAAGUCCUGCCGGGUCUAUAACAAGCGGGACAAAGCUUGGCUCUGCUCUGCCUGCCAAAAGAGCAGGUUGUUAAAGACGCAGUCGCUGGAGUGGUUUUACACCAAUGUGAAGAGGCGCUUCAAGAGGUUUGGCAGUGCCAAAGUGCUGAAGACGCUCUACAGGAAACACCUAGCAGAGCACAGCGCGCUUUCAGAGCUUACUGAGGGCAGCGCCUAUGAGGAGAGCAUCUGCAAUGAGGGGAGCAUCUGUGGGAGUGACUCUACUUUCUACAAACAAACCGAAGAGCACAGCAUGGCAGAGACGCUCAGUGUGGCCAUGCGGGUGGCAGAGGAAGCCAUAGACGAGGCCAUUUCCAAGGCAGAGUUUGACACUUCCACUCAGGAGAAGCAGAAUGAAGCACAUUAUCUGCGGGAGAACAGAGGAGAGCUCAUCGAGGAACUGGCCAAAACUAUUGUGCAAAAAAUCAUUAGCAGGAGGAAGACUUUGGCUGAGAUGAGGGCAGAAUAUGACCACGACUGGUCCCUUGAGCGUAACACUGACUGUCAUCAUCAAUCUGCCUGCGAUCAAACCUCCAGCUCCCUGAAACACCAACCAAACCUCUGGAGGUCACACUCGGCCUUCACCUUGCUGGAUGAUGACGACAACCCACCUGCUCUGAUACAAGACUCUCCUCUGGCCUUGAAGAAGGAGGCUGCCGGGUCGGCUGUAACUGCCUGGAAGAGCGUAGAUCGACUGGACAACUCUGGUGUGUCUUCAGUGCUAAAGAGCCCAGAUGGGAACUGGAUCGCCCUGCAGAGUGCCCAGCUGUCUCGCCCCAGCCUCCUCACUAAAAGGAAGAGCCUGGUCUACAGUGCCUUGGAGAGGGAGUCUGGAGCGGUGUCUGCCUACGAAGGCCUGGGAUCUGAUAACGAAAGCAAACAAGAGCCUGACAGCACCUGGGGAGCUGUCCUGCAGGAGAUCCACAGAAAGAUGACUGACUCAAACUUCAACCUGCCUGAACGCACAUCGCCUCACAUGGACCACGAAGGCAGCAGAGAGAAUCUGUUUUCAGACACUGAGGCGAACUUGAAAACUAACAAACAGAUACUAGCUCUUCUAAAGCGGAAGGUGCCUGCAGAGAUGAGGAAACCUUCAUCGUCCCGCAGGACCAGCAUCAUUGAUAUGAACUUUAAUCUGAAGGGAGUGGGAGAAGAGGAGGAGGAGGUCAAAGUAGCUUCCAAGCCGGAUGUGGGAAAAGUGAGGAAAUCACGGAAAAAGAAGAAAAGUACAAAAGCGGCAACAUCAUUGUCUCCUGUGUCGGAUUUAAACAAAAAAGAUCUACAUCCAUCUGAUUCUAUGUCCCCUGAAGGAGGCACGACCCCAGAACCUCUUGACUCUGAUGGUGACAUCACUGGAAAUGGAGCCAAUCAGAUUAAUGAAGAGUUAACUUUAAAGCUGCAUCAGCUCACAGGCAGAGCUCCUGACUCCUGGAUGCGAGAAGAAGAACUUGAUAUAGAGAGAGAUGGUGGUGAUGAUGGAGAGGGGGAAGAAAAGAGACAAGGAAGCAAGGACAGAGAUGAUGAGGAUGAGAGGCUGUUCAAGAUGGAUAUCGAUUUGGAAGGAGGAAUAACAAAGGAUGAGGAAGAGACAGAAAAAGAUGAUGAAGAGAUGAAGUAUAGAUUGUACAGGCUUGUCGCACAAUCCAACCUCACAUAUUUUUCAUCUACUGAAGAUGAGCUUGACAGAUUGGGAAAAAGUGAAGGAGAAUUGGACAAAUACAAAGACAAGAACACGGAGAAGGACGAUGAAGAGCAGGAGGAAAAGACAGAACUACUCACCUAUAGACUUUGUCAGCUGGAAAAAGAAGUCAGACUGACACAGUUCUCAUCCACUGAAGACGAGCUGGACAGAGGAGAGGAAGAGGAAGAUGAGGACCUGGCUGUGAAAGUGUGCAGAUUAGUUAAUCAAGUCAGCGCCACCCAGUUUUCAUCCACAGAAGAUGAGUUGGACAGAAUGGGCAGAGUAGAAGACGGAGAGGACACAGGUGACGAGAUGUUGUGGAAGCUGCAGCCAGAGAAAUCUCGGCUACGUGAUUUAGCCAGUUUGGUCAGCGCUUCCCAGUUUUCCUCCACUGAGGAUGAGCUGGACAGAGUUGGAGAGAAUGAGGUGAAUGAAGAGGAAAUUGGAGGCUGCAGUGCAAUAGAGAAGAUGUGGGAGGGAAUAGAGUCUAUGGAAGACAUAGACAUGAAGAUGUUUGAUUUGAAGGAUGAAGCUGAGGCAAGAAAAGUGAGAAGUGAUGAAAAAGUAACAAGUAAGAAUGUUCUAGAGAGUCGAGGAAAAGGUAGGGAUGCCGAACAUCAUGAAACUGUUGUAGAAGAAAAUAGAGGUUUCAUAGACAAGAGAGUAGCAGAAGAUUUAACAACAGCAAAUGAGCAAUCAUGCGACAAAGUAGAAAUAUCACAAGCUAAGAAAGAAAAAGAGGCAGAGGAAAGGCGAGAGAUUCAGUUAGAAACAAGGGUGGAGGCAAAGGGAAGAGAGGAAAUAAGAGCUUCAUAUGAGAAAAAAGGUGAACAGCAAAACGAGCCAAAGGCGAGCAGGCCAGAUGAAGAAGAAAAGUUUCUGAAAGAAAGCUUAGAGACUCAGAGGAGAUGGGGAACAACAGCUGACAGCGAAGAGGAAGAUGACACUGAAUUUGACAGAAUAAUCAGCAGCAUGUUGAUGAUGACUCUGGAAGACAUGCAGGUGGAAACAGUUAAGGAAAAAGCUGGAGACAACAGAGAGAGAAACAGAGAGAUGAAGAACAACAGUCCAAGAGGAGAAACCGGGAUUCAAGAGAUGACAGUAGAUGCACAAAUCACAGAUGCUUCAGAGGAAACAGACAAAGUUUCACAUGAGGGAAUUAAAGGAGAAACUUGUGGUAAGCAGGAGGAUGGAGACAUAACCGAUACUAAUGAAAAUGUGCAGGAAGAAAAAUCUCCAGAAAUGGUGAUCAGUGAGACACCUGAGACAAAUGAAAUCCAGCUGACAUGUUCAGAAACUGGAGUGUUUGAUGAGGGGAAACGAGACAUGACAGAGAAGUGGGAAAAUGUGGAGACACAGAGAGAUACUGCAGGCUUUCAAAAGACAGAUGUGGGUGAAAAAUACGAGAAAACAGAAGAAAACGCUGACGACCUAGAGCAGAGCUGCACUUCGACUCCUCAGGAGGGUUUUCUGUCACCAGAGCAGAUUCACAACGGUAGAGAUGUGGAGCUUUACCAAACUAUAGAUUUAAUAUCAUCUCUGCUGCAGCAGAGAUACUCGGCAGUGUCUCUGCGCAGCAUCACCACUGAAGUGCUGAAGGUCCUGAACGCCACAGAGGAGCUGCUGCAGGGAGUGGAGGGAGAAGCUGAUGCCAGACCGUCCUCCUUCUCCCUGCCUCCCAACAUGGACCCCAAAAAACUGGACCAACAGUUCUGCAAACUGGAGGAAAACGUGUAUGUAGCAGCUGGUUCUGUGUACAGUCUGGAGGCAGAGCUGAGUGACCUGGAGGAGUGUGCCAGAGGAAUCUGCAGCUCCACGUCCGACAUGGAGCUGUCCUUCCUGGAGGAGCAGGUGGCAGCAGCAGCUGCCAAGGUUCAUCAGUCUGAGCUACAAAUCUGUGACAUCUCUGCCAGAAUUGCUGCUUUGAAGAGUGCGGGCCUUAAUGUGGAUCCUCAGUCACGGUUCGCUAAGACCAAGACUCACCCAGAUACGUUUGUAACUCUGGACUCGUCCAAACAGCAGAGAAGACGAUUACCUGCACCACCUGUGAAAGAAAAUAAGGAAACCUGAGCCAUCGGACCUUUGCAAUACUUCCAAUACAGACGUGCCUUGACCACCCCAUCUCGCUGCAGCCUACAGGCCAGUUUUAAAGAAUCCAUUCAGUCACCAUUUGCCUUAAUUUAAAUUUAAACUCAGCACGCCUCACAUGGGACUUUAAUACUCUAUGUAUUUAAUGCAGUCACCAACAAUGCACAGAACUGAUUGUUGUGUUCAAUCAGAAGUGAAUAGCAGAUCAAUCCUGUUCAUUUUCAGACUGUAGACUGAAUGUUGUGGGGAAUUUAUCCUCACUCAUCAGUUUCAUAAAAGAAGAAACAAAAACCUUUAGUUCCCUACACCUACACGCAAGAACAAUCAAAUAAUUACACCAAUACAGCGAGUGUAGAAAAAUAUUUUAAUCAGAAUACUUUUAUAGAUUUAAUUUUAACACUGUUGUCCAUUAAAGUUGUUUAAUAAAACUUUAGAGAUAUGACAGACAAUACAUUAACAGCAGUAGCUGCAGCAGCUACUAAAUAAAAGCUGAAACGUACUCCAUUAAAUCAAAUGCACACCAAUCAGCCAUAACAUUGUGAUCAUGCGUCUAAUAUUGAGUACAUGCUGUCAAAAGGAGCAUUAACCAGUCAAGGGUUGGGCAACUUCAGAACUCAGAGGGCGCCGUGGACUGUGUGGGGGACCGGAACCACCCUGGAAAAUGGGAUGUUUGAUCCCAUUUCUUUGGGACAAAUCCUACUCCAACGAAUGUUAGCAAAAGAUCCUUCAGGACAGUGACUCUGUAGAUUGGGCACAUCUGUGGGCAUGCUACAGAUGCUAUCACAUUGGUAUUAGAGGAGUUUGGAGGCUAGGCUGUGUUCUUUGAGUUCUUCCUAAACAGGAGGCCGCUCCUGUGGGAGGAGUGUUGUUGGUGAGGAUGUUUGUUAAAAUGUUUAGAUAGGUGGUCAUUUUCAAAUUAACAUUCAUGUGAUUGUCGAGAUGCAGAUUUACUGUAAGAAAAUGAGCAGUAGUACUCAGUACACCUGUUAAUGGUUUUAAUAUUCUGACUGGUACAUUGUUUAAGCCAAGUUCACUCCAAGAUUUUCUGUCUGAUUUUUACCUCAGAGACAAAUAACCCAGAUCUGAAUCAACUCUGGUUUCUUCAGCAUUCAGCAAUUUCCAUGUGUUAAUGCCAGCAAGACUAUAUUCAUGAGGCCAGCAGAGACAUCCCAUUUAAAUUUCUAGCUUGCUUGUCUUCCUUUGUUUUGUUGUUGGGUAUUGUUUAUUAUUUAUUUGUCUACUUAAUAGAUUUGUUUUGCUUAGUGUACUUUAUUGAUGUAUAUUUCUAGAAUAAUUAUAUUUUCAGUAUUUUCUAUUACACUGGUUCAUUUUAGAUUUUAUUUCUUAACCCUCUGCUGUUAUAAAAUAUGCACCGUUUAGGAGUAAUUCAGGGUGACAAACUCUUGAAUCUUGAUAUUCUGAGGGAAAUAAUGUGAGUAGAAGUUGGUUAGUAAGAAGCUACAAUGACAGAAGAAGAGACAUGAAAGGGGGAAACCCAUGGGAAAAUCCCAAAUAAACAGAUAAUGAAAGAGUUCAUUGUAAGGAAACACAAAAUUGUAUGCAUGAGAGCUGGAACUCCAAGAUUGAAAAGAAGAAAACCGUCUGACAAAUCAGAGGUUAGUCAGACAUGAUAAAUCCUGCAGAACGUGACCUCCUAAUGCGGGUAACUUGUAUGAUGUAGCAAGCACUAGCAAGUCAAAAUUCCCAAUGACGAGACAAGCACGCUGCUGAGUGUGAACAACACACUGAUCCAACAAUGAAAAUCUUGCAGUGUGAACUUGGCUUCACACAAAUAAAGGAGCUGUUGUAUCAUGUGUAAAACUGUAGUAUGUUUAAAAUGAUUACUAAAUAAAAAAGAUGGGUAAUGUAAA